AUACGUAUAUACGACGACCCCGAUGACCCUGUUGCUUGUUGCUGUUUUGCGCAUGUGCAGAAGAGGAAGGGGAGGGGCUAAUGCUGCAGAAAGAGAAACUCGGCAAAAUGAGCAGCAAGCGCGAACUUCCACGGAGGAAAGCCAGGCGAGGGAAGAGAAGCCAAUCUUGCUUCGAACUGCAGGGCAAUCAGCAGUACCUCCACGCCUCGCUAUCCACCGCCUCCUUACCUGCCACCCUCGCUCCAACUCGUCCCUCUUCGCGGAUUUCGCAAUAUCGCGAUCCUCUCUCUUCGUUCAAACCUCUUGAACCGACCUCAGAUGGAUCGUACAAACACACAAAAUCCAGUCUUUUGCGAGCAAGUUCGGCGCCAGUUGCUCGUGCUCAGCCAGACUACAGAUACUUGGCCAGAAGAAGAAAAGAGUCCAUCUUAGCUGAGAAGACUCUUACUGCUGAAAAGACACUGAAAACUGAACUUCCUGAAGGUGAGACUCUGCACAGCUUUCUCGUUGGUGGGAGGUACAACAGCGCUCAUCAUGUAGACGUACGAUCAAUUCAGAGGCUUGGUGUAUACGUUCCACGCAAUAACAGUGUAAAAAGUUUCAUCAAUUCAGCUGGGACCAUCCCUCCUUCUCCAGAAGUCUAUGGGUUGCACCCACUAAGGAAACACUCUCCUCUGAUAGUCGACAGCACUUCCACUCAUUCUACUGAGAGAGGGUUGGAGAUAGUUAGACAGGAUUUGGAAAUGCAGUUCAAUGAGGAAUCAACAGCAAGCAGACAUUCUCUUCGUUCAAAACACAGCACCACUCUUGUUUCGGAGGAGCUCAAUGGAAAAGAGGCAAAGGAGGCUAUCUCACCCCCUAAUGCUGAUCAUGAUCAAGAAGACACUGAUCUAACUCAUAACCAGCCCCCAAUAGGAGAUAGUGGACCAGUUGCUGAUGAAGACACUGCCUCUUCGGUGGUGUCAGCCUCAAACCUACUCUCACCAGAGGCCCAGCAAUUGACUCAGGAGAUACUUCUAGAAACAGUCUCCGUGGGCGAAGAUGGGAACACAACCAGUGUACUAGAGAAGACUAAGUAUUUAUCCAGAAGCUCAGUCGGCCUAUCAGCAGUAACGAACACCCAAUCACGACUGAUGCUCAGGUCUCGGUCAGCAACUAGCUUGAGGCACACUAGCAUGCAAAAGUCAAUCAACAGACCAAAGUCAGCAUAUCAGCUAUCCAGCGUUGAACCUUCCAAUCCUCAUAAUAACAGUGCUGCUAUCUUUGUGGACCUCAGUAAACUUAAUUCCACCGAAGAUAAGAACUAAUGGCAAUAUUUUACAGCAGUUUGUAUAAUACUUAAAAACUACACAGUCAUGGACUAUAUAAAAAUUUUGGUAUAAAAAAUUAAUAAAAAGAUGGGGGAUGUUCUACACUAGUUCAGCUCCUAUCCUAGAUAGAUAGUUGUAUAUUGAGUAAUGUAAACGUGUAGAGUUAUGUUUGGGGUUGAAUGUUGACUUCGAAUGGGCUCCCCGGUAUUUCAAUCCCGGCCCACGUCAUGGCGAGUCGAUACCUCCCCGGCAGGGUGGGAUCGUAGCGAGCAAGAAGAACCUUCUGGUUCUCCCAGUGCUGCCUCAGCUGGGCAUUGAACCCUCCGUACGGGCCCUGCACUUCGAAAUCGAGUUUUGCCAGUCCUGCUGUGGUAGUGUCGACGACAAAGUUUCCCUCUUGAUUGAUGAUCCCGCUGUUGAUUCCCGGACCAGAGACGCGGAUGUUGUGAGGGAUGGGGGGAGUUGGGAGAAUGAGCGGAUCCAGCAUAUCGGAAUGGAAGUGGACAGGGAACGGGCUCCCUAGGAUCUCCCUGUCGUUAUAGAGUAUGACGAGGUCGUGGUUGCCGGGGACGAGUGGUGUAAACUCACAUUGGUAGUAGGUGUCCUCGGCGACAGGGAUUUCAAUUUUCACUGCAUUAGACGGACGACAUAAGAUAUCCAAUUCCCCCUCUCCCAACCCGGCAUCGUGGAAGACUUUGAAUUUGUGUGGCUGAUUGAGGGGCAGAACUACAUCUUUGAGGUCAAUUCCGGUCACCUGACGCUGAGUGGACUCAAACGUAAGCUCUAGAGCAAUAUCAUCGACUUUUUCAUUGUUCCACAGCAGAAAGAUUUUGUAUUUGCCAGCAAUGCUGGCGCUAAACUUGCAGACACAGAUGUUGUUCUUGACUUCUACGAUCUUGACUUUCGGCUUUCCGGGACCUUGAGUACUGAGUGUUAGUACACCCUUUCCUGCUCUUUUGGUGGAGACGCGGAAAUGAACACAGCUGUCUAACUUCCAUUUCUUUUCAAACUGUUCCAUGUCAGCGAGAAGGACAUGAACUCUGGCGAGGGUGUUGCUUGCAAGGGAUCUCCUGCUCAACCCGAUUCCAAGAACACUCCGUGCUUUUUCGUUCGUGAAGACCACAUCGAAUGGACUCCCUGGGAUGUGAAUCUUGUUCCACAAAACUGAGACUCGGUAUUCUCCGCCGCAGGCCGGUACAAGGCGACAAGUCUGAACGCCUUCCUUCUCCGUCUCCACCAUCUCAACUGAAAUGUCAUCCAGCCCCACCCCACUCACACACAGCUCCCCCUUCCCACCCUUGGAAGUUACGAUAUUUAACUCUAGAGGGCCCACCGGUUGCGGAUUUGUCAAGAGCUCCCUGUCUUCUUCUGCAAUGGUAAUGUUAGAGGCGAAUCCAGGGGAGGAACAGGGGUUGAGUCCAAGUAUCUGAACUGCUUUGGGUGGUAGGAAAGACACGGAGAAUGGGCUUCCACUGAUGUGGAUCUUCUCCCAUAGAAUAUAGACCUUGUACUCUCCUUGCUCCGUGACCUUUAGUGUACAGGAAUGACUUCCGUCUCCAUUGUCGUAGAUAUCAAUUUCUGCAUUUCCAGGGCCAGUGCAACUGAUGCUUAGCUCUCCUCUCCCAGCAUCUCCGGUGACUAGUCGGAAUGAGACGUCCGAUCCGACCGGCUGAGGUCCGUUGAAAAUACACUCAUCCUCCUCUUUUAUCAGGAUCGUUGACAAGUGUUUCGAGUCGGCGUCGGUGUUUAGACCGAGAAGUUUGGUUACUUUCUUUGGGACGAGAGUGAGAAGAAACGGACUCCCCUCAAUGUGCUUCCUCUUCCAGAGGACGUGGACCCAGUAGUUACCCGGCUCCGAGGACGACAGUUCGCAGGUGAAACUGUGAUCUUUGUUGUCUUUGACUACCAGAUCAGGUUUCGCUGGUCCGUGGGAACUGACGGAGAGUUUCCCGGUGCCACCAUCAGGGGUCUUGAUUACAAACUGCAGUGGAGUGUCGGUUGCAUGAGGCUCUUGGAAAACCAUCUCCUGCCCCUCUACGAGACAUGCCAAACCCUCACUGUUUUCCAGACGACUGACUUGGAGCGAUAGCGGGCUUCCAGGUACCGGCUUACCUGCCCAGUUCACAUGAAUAGAGUGUCUACCUAUUGCCUGUGGGGUAUACUGGAUGAUGUACGUCCCGUUUCUAUUGUCUCGGAUGUUGACUGUCGACUCCAUGCCGGAGAGAGGGAUGUCGGGGAGUACAGCUAUUUCACCAAAACCAGCUUCAGAGGCAUUCAGAUGGAAAUCUACCAUUUCACCGAUAUGAGUGCAAGUUGCUGGUGCAGUCAGGAUGCAUGCAUUGGGAUCAGCAGGAGGAGCAUAGCGGAUAUAAUAGGGGCUCCCCUUAAUUUCCUGGUUGUUUUUGUGGAUGUUGACUCUGUACAUUCCAGGUUCCCUGGCUUCAAAGGCAAGCAUGAACUCUCCCUUUGUGACGUGGCUGAUUGUGACGUGGCAGUGGGUGUCUGAUCCCACGUGUGCAGCUAGUGCCGAGACUUCGCUCAGCGCCGCGUACAUUCUCUUUAGCUGAAUCGUGACUGGCUUCCCAUUGUGGUAUAUUGGCACUGCCGGUUCGUGGACGUCUAAUUGUAUGGGUGAGCCACGCACAAACCCAGGUCCCCACUCCAAGUUAAUCUGGUGGAGGCCCUUUGUAGUGGGAGUGAAUGAGACGUGAUAGAGCCCACUCUCGGGCUGCGAUACAAUCAAGUAUGUGGUUGUUGGUUUUCCAUCUGGAGCUAUGACUGAAACCCUCAGUUGUCCGUGUCCUCCAUUGGUAGUGUCCACGCUAAAUCUGACCUCUUGGUCGAUGUGGAUUGGGAGUCUAAGAUCACUGUCAUCCGAGAUGAAACAUUUCAGAGGGUCUAGCAUGAGAUCGAGCGAGAACGGGGAUCCUGGGACCUCGGUCCCAUGGUAGCAAACUCGGAGGGAGUACUUAUCCUCUGUCGGUGGAUUGAAAUACACGAUAUGCGAGUCUGGAUCGGUUUUCAAAGUCUCCACAUUCACAUCCACUGCCCCGCAUCUCUCUGCCUUACAAGUGGCUGUCAGUGGAGCCUGACCGGCUCUCGAGGGUGCUCACGUCCAAUUUGGCAAGUUGCCCAGGCCCGUACCCGACAAGUUCUCCACAUCUGACUCUCUCUGGUCGAAUCGGAAGCAAAACUGUAAAGUGCUGCCGCGAAGAUGGAACUGGGUUGUCGGACCAGAAUAUCUCCAGACUGUAUGAAUCUGGAGAUGGAGGGGUGAAUAAAAUCUUGUGGAGUUUUCCCCCUAUUUCUUGAAACGUGAGAGGUAUGUUGUCGUGCUUUCCUUUAGUGUUCAGUUUUGCGGUGAGCCUACCCCUCCCGGCCUCAUUUGUGUCUACAACAAUGUAGCCCUGUUUUCCAUCACUGUACUGGGGGAAGUUCCGCUCUUUGACUUUAACUCCCUCUGGUAGGCAGAGCUGGAUAUCGACCUCAAAAGGCGAGCCUUGAACGUGAUCUCUCCCAUAUCUGACACUGAAGCUGUAGAGACCGGGCUCCUUUGGUACAACUUUCAAGCGGUACCUCUUCAGACCGAGUAUGACCACCUCAGCUUCUUGAGAGUUGGUCCGCGACGACGCAUCUUCGAAGGUUCCCCUUACAACGUCGUGACCGGCUGUGGUGCAGUCUAAGUCGAGCCAGACCUCCUCUCCCGUGCCUGCUUGUGCUGGAAUGUGAAUCUCUCCAACCGCAACCUCAGAAGCCACGGCGGAUUCCAGAUUCACCUGAAAUGGCGAGUGAGGAAUCUCCCUCCUGGCCCACAAACAGGAGAUGUUGUAGGUGUCAGGGAACGGAGGAAUGAAGGAUACCCUCCAAGUGCCCGGAACACUCUCGCUGAUUUCAUGAUUAUUGACUUCUCCCGAUUUCAAACCCCUCGUGCUGGCUUCCAUUUUUCCUCGCCCGGCUUCUGAAGUGUUGAACGUGAGCACCACUAGAGGCAGGAGCUGGUUGGGGAUCGACGUACUGAUGAGCUUCACUUUCUCCGGCUGAGGGCUGACGAUGUUCAUAACGAAGGGGCUACCAGGGAUAUCCUCAUCAUUGAAGAGUAUUGAAAUGGAAUACUUGUCGUCCCUGGGGGGAACGAACUUGACAUUCUGGCAGGCGUUUGGUAGCUCUUCGAUCUCGCUGUCAAUGUGGCCAGUUUCAUCACCCAAGACACUAGUAACAAGUGGUAACACACCCACCUUUGAGCAGUCAACUGUUACAUAUGCAUACUCGGAUCCGGCUUUGUCAGGAAAAUGGAUGGUUUUGGCUUCCACUAGACUUGCAUCGAGUGGCAGGAGAUUGAUGAUGAACGGACUUCCAGGGACCUCUUCUUCUCCCCAUUUGACGCACACUCUGUAGAUAUCAGGAUCCACGGGGAAGAAUUUCACUAUGUAUUGCGAAUUCACAAUGUCGAUGUCGGUGAUGACAUUAAUAUUUCCGCAAGUGUCGCCGAAUGCGGUGGCUUUUAGCUCUCCAAACCCUGCAUUUGACCCGUUGAAAGCGAAUUGGAUCGUUUGCCUCAGACUUGUAGUUUCAGGCGGAGUAACGGUCACCAUCUUGGCGUUGGGAGGGUGUGUAUUGACGUAGAACGGGGAGCGGGUUAUUUUCUUGUCGCCGUACUUGACCCCCAUCGUGAAAAAGUCAGGAUGCGGUGGAGUAAAGGACAAUUUGUGCUGGUUUUCUCCCACAGACUUGACUGUGACUGGCACACGACCUGAUUUGUUCCCCAUGCACAGAGCCGUGAUUUCAGCAUUGCCUGCGUUUUCAGUGCCCAGAAGCACUUCACAUGGGCCCUGAGGUCCCUGGGGGAACAUUGGCUCCGAGGCUGUCACUUUAGAAGCGUCGACUGGGAUGAGAUUGAUUUUGAACGGCGACCCAGACAUGUGCUGCCCACUCAAGAAGACGGAGAGUGUGUAAAUGUCUUCGUCGCUGGGGGUGAAAGAAACCCUGAACUUGUAUUCGUCUUGUCUGGUUUUGAUCUCAACGGGAAUGUCACCUCCUUUCAUUGCCGAGCAGGUUGCAGUGAGUUUUCCCGGUCCACCACUGGAGGUGUCCACCCCUAUUGCAAUGUCUUGACCGACGUUCAUGAUCCCCUGCGGCUGUUCAAACACCGUCACUCUGUCCGGUGCGUACGGCAUCCGGUUCAGCUGACAUGGAAAACCAGGAAUCACUUUCCCGCUCCAUUCCAGGGUAAAGGUGUAGACGUCUGGUUGAUCCGGGCUGAACUUGACUUCGAAUUUUCCGUAUUCCUUUUCGUCUGGUGUAACUGAAAUGCAGUUGCUCACAUCUCCUGCAGUUUUGCCAACAGCAAGUGCAACUAGUUGCCCGUUCCCUGCCGUUGCAGCGUCGACAAACAGAAUGAUGUCGUUGUCCCAAGCUGGACCGAAUCGAGAGAUGCUCACCGAGCACUUUUCGGCAUCUGGCGUAAUGCGAUUGAGCACAAACGGACUCUUUGGGAUCUCUUCCCCACCCCAACUCACGUACACCUUGUAAAUAUCAGGGGCGGGGGCGACCAAUGAUAUCUCCAUUUCCCCACCAUCUUUUUCUCUCAUCUUCAAGUGUUCUCCUUCCACAGCACCACUACUUUCUCCCUCCGCCUUAACCUCAAGUUUCCCGUUGCCAGCUCCGAGUGUGUUGAUGUUGAGUAAAGCCGGCUCUUGCCAAUCUUCUGGGGCAAUUGGAGCGCCAAUAAGCUGACAACUGGUAGAAUCCGACGGAUGUAGAUUUAUCGUGAAUGGAGAUCCGGGGACUUGCGUUUUGGACCAAGUCACCCACAGCGUGUAAAUGUCGGGCUUUGUAGGCUCAAAUGUAACCUCGCGAAUCUUUGACGGACCCUCGGAGACUGUAACAGCAACGCUUUUGCUUUUUUCGCCGAUGCACUUGGCUUUCAGCUUCCCAGCUCCGGCUUUCUCUGUGUUGAGUUCGAGCACAACUGGUUUCAAACUCCCCACCCCAUAGACUGGACUGGAGACAACAAUCUGGUUUGCAUCUGGCUUGCAGUUGACCUCCAUGGGAAAUGGCGAACCAGGCACAUCCACUCCUCCCCA